AUACUCACAUGCAAGUUUGGAUAAUUUCCUUUUAUGAGUUUUUAAUCUUCGCUUCGACCUCUCUCAACACUUCCUCUCUUUCUUCUCAUAAACAAGAUAUACGAUCACAAACAUGUCCGAAAUCAGCGGCCUCCCACCAUCCGAGACAUCUCCCGACAAAGCUCUCCCCCUCCCUCACCCACGACCCCCUCGACUCCCUCCACCUAUACGAAAUUUCCGCGCCUGGCUUCCCCUCUACCUCUCCAAGACCGACCGCACUCUCGCCCGUCUCUCACAAAUCCUAUCCACACCCACAGGAACAGAUACCGUCCUCCUAACAAUCUGCUACACCUCCCUCCUCACCUCCAACAUCUUAACCUCUAUAUCCCUCUCCCGUCUACGCGCAAAAGCGCUCUCCGUAAUCGAAAAAGCCAUCUCCCUCCCCCCAAACACAGCCCUCUACAUCUCGACGUCGAACAUCCCGCCCUCGAAACUCCUCAUCAUAUCUGCGCGGCUGAAAGCGCUGUCGAGCCUGAUAUCCGAUGUAAGGAUAUUUGCGAGGUUGUGGGGAUUACUGGGGCUGUAUAGCUGGGGGAAACAAGUCUGGAAUCAGGAUCGUGGGGAUGAAGUCGUACGGGGUAUAGCAGCUAUCCAAGUCGUCUCGAAUAUCCUCUAUCAGUACCUCGAGAACAUGGCAUAUCUCAGCUCGAAAGGGAUAUGGGGCUGGAGUUCGGAGAAGCAGAGUAAGGCUUGGGUGUGGAGUUCGAGGUUCUGGGCCCUACAUGUGAUGUUGGAUCUUGUAAGAUUGGGCAGGGAGAGGACUGAACAGAGGAAGAUGGUGAAGUGGAAGGGGAGGGAGGAGGAGGCAGAGAGGGCGGAAGCGGAGUUUUGGAAGCGGUGGAAGAGGCAGCUGUUGAUCAAUAUGGCGUACGCACCAUUGACGAUACAUUGGAGUUUGGAGAAGGGGCUUGUGGGUCAGUUCUGGGUUGGAUUAUUUGGGAGUGUGGCGGGGUUAGCGAAGCUGAAGGAGGCGUGGAGGUUGAGCGGAAUCAAUUGAUGAAUGAUAUGAGGCCGGGAUUUCAAGUUUGGAAAUGGAAUAUACCCUUUGUGAUUAUUAUUUAGCUGUGCUUGCUUUGGUGCAAUGUGAAAACAUCUCGAGCAUCCCGCGGAGAGGACAGAUCCGCCAUUCUCUAAUUCAUCUCGUAUGGGAGAUACUUUGGCAGAGCAUAAGACUAUGCUGGAAUCUUUCAAAAACAGUCAGAUCGCAGCCAAUAGAAGGUUUCACCAUG